AAGGCCCAAUGGAUGGUGUGGGAGGAGUAUUGAAACGCAUAGCAGACGAAGUUGUUAGACAAGGAACCGAUAUUACCUGUGCUUCAGAUUUUGUGAACACUUUAAAGAAGAGGACAAAAAUUUAAUUAAUUGAAAUAGACAGUUCAACCAUUUAUGAAAUGAAAAAAGAAGUAAAAGCAACAGUGAUCCCACCCAUAAAAAAUAUCACGCUGGCUAGGCAGAUAACAUGGGGUUCGAAUAGCAUAAUGUAUUCAAGAAGUUUAUCUUGCUUUUCUUGUAAGCCAGAUACGUACUGCGACCACUAUACUAUUGGUAAAGUUUUUGAAAAUACAAAAGAAAGAAAGAUUCCCUGCAAAGCUCAUAGCGGAAACAAUUAUGGUAAAAAAACUGUGUACCACAUGAUUUAUUCGACAUCGUCUUCUGAAGGAGAUGAAGAUGAUCCAGCUAUUGCAAAUGAAGAACAAAAAAAUAAAGCCACCAAAUUAAGAAUAAAAUGUGAGGCUGAACCGGAUAAAACAAAGAAAGAAAUAUCCAUAGAAAAUAACACUUCAUUUGUCUCAUAUUCCAGUCCAAAGAAUAAGCUACUUGUGAAAGACAAGGCUAUCCAUGAGGCUCACCAUUCUUCCAAGAAAAUCGGUAAAAAUGACCGACAUUCUACAAAGGACAUCGAUAACCUGCUAGCUACUGAAGAAAGUCAAGACAUGUAAUUUUUGUACAUUUGUUCUCAAAUAUUAAUUUUAAGAUGUUUGAUUUGUCUUUAUUUCAAAGUAACGUUUUCAUUAAAAUAAUUUGUACUAUUGAAGUUCUUUUUUUUUCAAACGCAUCUUCCUUCGUGUCCUAACUUA